AGACGCGUCAAACUACAUGCUUCCUACACGACACAAGGUUACUCUGCAACACAUCAUUUCUCGGUCGGCUGGAAUUGAAGAAGCAGAACUUGAGCAAUUCAUACAUCGCCAGAAUGAAGAUGACCGGUUCAAUGAUGUUAUAGACGACAUCAAUCGUGCUUUGCACGAUUUAGAUUUUCAGCUGAAACGCGUUCUGGAUCAAAUUGAUGGACGCGUAUUUUGGUAUCUUCAAAACAUGUCGAGCGACACAGUAUCGCAACAGGCAACAUUCUAUCCCAGCAUCGAGGUCGAGUUCUUCCGUUACCUGAUUGAGUGGAUCAUACAGGCGGAAAACUACGCGUUUUCUCUUUCUUCACUUGAUAUCCACAGACUUGCAGCAAAAGAGGAAAAACUCCCGCUAGCAACACACACAGUUGAAUCCUACUUGCAGGAUUUUGAACGAGACGAAUGGCUCGUCCAACGCGACGGCAUGUACUCAUUAUCCAAUCGGUCACUGGCUGACUUGGAGCAGUACCUGCGAACAGAGUACGAAAACAGUGUUUUUGAAUGCAAUGCAUGUCGCGGAAUCGUCACUCUGGGCGGUUUAUGCAAUUGCGGUUACUGCUUGCAUGUUUACUGCUGCAAUCGAUUACAGUCCGUCCAAUGUCCCAGCUGUAACGAACCUUGGGACAAUGUUACUAAGCUUGGCUAAGGCAGCUAUGAAAAUGGCCGCGGUUUUUCCACGGUCCGUAAAAAUCUGUUCCAUUCCGGUAUCCAGGAUAUCGUAUUCCAGUGCACAAUGUUGUAUCGAUGACAUCCAACAGAAUGACCGUGAAACUUAUAAACCACAUUGUCCGCGGGUUCGGCAGAACGAACCUCUCAAUAUGCCAAAAAGAUUGUUUCGAUUCCU